UCUGAAAUGCUUCGUAGUGAAGUGACAUGUCCAGCUAAUCACGAAUUGUUUGUGGAAACUUUGUUGCUAGCUAGUUGGCUAAACCAUGUUGUCAUGUAGGCAAAAUCACUGGUUCAUUCGCAAGGUCAUCUGGUGGAGGGCUGCAGCCAGUAUUGCAUGGUCAGUGUUGCUGUUACCAGUAACCACAGCGCUGUUUGUUGUUUUGAGCAGGGCCAGUUUAUUCCAUCCUAUCCAAUGGAUAUCAGAAUCAUUGAGUCUCCUGUGUGGUUCCUACAUCAUCUUUUCUGUGCUUGUCCUCACUGGAGUUAUUCUAGUGGUGGGUUUCUUCAAUCUGGAGUAUUGCAGUGUGGUGCCCUCCAUUCCUUGCACCAAGAUGGCCCUACUGGGGAAAUUUCUUCGUCCCUACCAGCUUGUCCAUUCGCUAGUCCAUUGCAUAAUGGGAAUGGUGGUGGCUUGGUGUGCUGCUGUUAUGAUCGGGGGAAGGUAUAGCUUCCUGGCCUCCCCAUGCCCAGAGGAGGGACGUGGCACUACCCAUCAGAUGUGUCUAAAUGAACAUCAUUUCUUCUUCUUAAUGGCGGGAGCCUUUAUUGGAUUCAGCUAUAGUCUUCUCGGUGUGGUUAUAAAUAUGGACUAUGUUUCUUUUCACACCAUACAGCAAUUCAAGUACCUGCGUUUCAAAGGAGCCCUGCCUCUGGUUGUGAAGUGCAGUGCAGUUCAGUCAUUGUAUUACUUACGUAACUACUGCAUUGCGUAUUUCUUUCUGGGAUAUAUGCCCAGACUAUGGAUCUGUACAGCUAUGAACCUUAAGAACAGCUCUCCCAUUGCCCUGGACACAGUGUCAGGACUCCUGGAUUUUUCCCUGCUUUACCACCUGUGGAUUACCGGCACAUUCCUCCUUGUCACCUGGCAUAACACCAUGCUGCUCUUCAAGAUCUACAUCACUGAGAUGUGCAGUUUUCCAGUGCAGUCCUCAUUUUCUGAAGAGGCGUUCCAGUGUCUUCCCACAGUUCUGACUGGCAGGCAGCCAGUAGUUUUAAAGUUUUUAGCUCUACAGGACUUGUCUUUUCUGUCACAAUACUCGCCAUCAAGAAGACAAGAGGUCUUUAGCCUGAGCCAGCCUGGUGGCCAUCCUCACAAUUGGAGUGCCAUAUGUAAGGAGUGUCUGUCUAUGAUCAGUGACCUUACUCAGAGGCUGACUGCUUACCAUGAAGUUGUUGCCUCCAACGGGAGGGCCAAACCUCUGUCUGCUAGUAGUGACCCAAAGUCAACCACUUCUGAAAGCUCAGGGAUGGAGGAGAUGGCUAAGACACCCCGGGUGAGUGCAGUGUUCCAGACCCCUGCAUCUAUGUUCCAAGGGUCAUCUGUGCCAAGCCUGCAUGGCUACCAGACAGGCCCCUUCACCCCUGCGCCUGAUAGUCUGUUCACUUCUCCUGUCAUGAAGCGCCCAAUGGGUGUGCAGCGCCCCUUUUCACCCUGGUAUGACUCGGUACAGAGCCCCCAUGUGACAAGGAGGGGGCCCAAGCUGUGGACUUCCUCUACAGAGUCCCCUCUCAAUGGUAGUCCACAAGCUUCACCUGCCCAUGUGCCCAGCCCUCCCUCUACCACUCACACAUCUGGAUUUCUUUCGCAGUGGGUCCACAAUCGACACGAGCAGGUUAGAAAUUUCUUGGCUAAGCGGGUGCUGAUAAUGUAUUUGUUUAAUAAGCUUCCAGAAGCCUCCAGUCAAGCCCUUUUUGCUGACACUCAAGCCCAUAUUUGGGCAUUGGAAGGCUUAUCUCAUCUAGUUGUGGCCUCUUAUACAGAAGACAGAUUUGGAGUUGUACAGACAUCAUUUUCCAGCAUCCUGAGUUCCAUGUUGAAUUUGCAAGAAGCAGUUGACAAGCACUUCAAGUUGCCCCAUGCCUCAAGCAAGCCUGUAUGGUCUUCCUAUAGCCUUGAGGACACAACCUACAAAACCCUACGGUUUGCACUCAGAGCUGCCCUGAAGACUGCCAUCUAUAGAAUAACAUCCACUUUCGGCCAGCACCUACAUGCUGUGCCGAUGUCAGCAGAGCAUCGAAAAAGAAUCCAACAGUUCAUGGAGUACAAGGAGUAAUUCCACUGUCUUACUGGUUGCAGGCCUUAUAUCCACAGCCACCUAUUUAUCCAUUGUUCAGUCUGUUGAUACAGGUUUUUCUUUUUGUGUCAUGCUUAUGCUGUUGAGUCUAUACAAGUUUACGAUAGUUUCUCAUAUGAAAGCAUUGGUAUACAUUUACCUAGGGAAGUGUGGAUGUUUGUAAUUAUUGUUCUAAGAGUGUAAAGAUCUUAAAAUUUGCAUUCAAUAAACCACUUCCCUCAGUUUGUAGUAAGGAG